CUACUUCAACGACGUCAUUGUCGUCGGCGGCGCCACGCUCCGGAACCUAUCCAUGAGCAUUGGCCUCGACACCGACAUCCCCUUCGGCCUCGCCGGUGUCGGCUACCCAGCCAACGAGGCCGGCGUCGAGAGCGGCGUGCUCCAGCAGCCAUACGCGAACCUGCUAGAGUAGCUGGCCGUGGAGGGUAUGACGUCGACUCUCGUCUACAGUAUGUGGCUGAACGAUUUAGCCGCCAGCACAGGCAAUAUCCUCUUCGGCGGCAUCGACACGGCCAAGUUCACCGGCCCGCUGACCCGCCUCCAGCUCUACCCGACCAAAUCCCCCUCCACUAUCAAUGAGUUCGCCGUCAAGCUCACCUCCGUUACCGCUUACAGCAAGUCCGGCAGCGACAAGCUCGGCUCCACCUCCUUCCCAGCCUCCGUCGUUCUCGACUCCGGCACGACCCUCUCCUUCCUGCCCUCCGACCUGGUCUCGCAGAUCUACAAGGAAGCCGGCGUGGCCGUCGACUCGGACUCCGGCACGCCCGUGGUGCCCUACAGCUACGCCCGCGGCGGCGGCUCGUUCGCCUUCGGCUUCGGCGGCGCAAACGGCGCCACCAUCAACGUGGCCAUGUCCGAGCUCGUUCUCCCCGUCGUCGGCAACUUUACGCAGGGCCCCAACAAGGGACAAGACGCCUGCGAGUUUGGCAUCCGCGCCGUCAGCUCGUCGAGCGACGCCCUGGUUCUAGGCGACACGUUCCUGAGCUCUGCGUUUGUGAUCUACGACCUGGUCAACGACGAGGUCGCGCUGGCGCAGACUAAGUUCAACGUCACCGACUCGAAUAUCGUCGCCUUUGGGAGCCUGAGCGCCACCGUACCGAGCUCAACGCCCGCGCCGAGCCAGGCGCAGAUUGCGGAUGGGGUGGUUACGGCCAGCCCGACGAGCUAUGCAGCUGCCUCGGCGUUUGCCGUAACGAGUGCCGGCGCGAGGGGCGUGAGGGGCGCGGGUGGGGAGGCGGCCGGGGUAAUGAUGGCGGUGUUAGUGGCGGUGGGAGCUAGGGUGCUGAGUUCUAUAAUACUUUAGAUUCUGGCUAGAGUAGGCGGGUGAGAGAGAACGGGAUAUGGAAAGACAGGUUGGGCAAGGAGCAGCAAAUGUGGGUUUAUAUUAUUUAUGACUGACGACGGAGUGUAAGCAAAGGGUAACUUUUAGCGCUAGCUUCUUGGUAGAGACUAUAUGUGGGAUGUGACGGCGGUCAACAGCAUCUAGGAAGAAAAGUCGCUAGUAUGGCUAUACCAUUGUCUU